GUUGGGGGGUAAUGGUAACAACGGGGAAAGCAGAUGACAUUGUAUCUAAAGGAUACUUUUGAUUGAGUCGGACUCGAAGGAUCAGGACACCGGCACUGGGUUUUUCCUGUUCUUCGGUUUUCAACUAUUUGGUUUUGCAGCGUUUUGGAUUAUAAAAUCACUUGUCUGAACCAUUUAUAACUUAAUGGCUUUGGUCGCAUCGGAUCCUAACUGGAAACGGCUAAUUUACGGGACUAGUGUCAAAAAGGAGGGCGUCCAAAGUAGACAAAGUGGUUUAAAAAUAACGAACAUGCAGCCAAAGGAAACAGAACUGUCCACAGAAGCUUUGCCAAAGGCUUUUUUACAUAGCUUACGGACUUUAUUCGAUAUUCUAGACGACGAGAGGCGAGGAUAUGUGCACAUUUCGGAGAUUGAAAGUCGGUGGCAGGGCUCGGAAACUCAGGAUUUACCUGGCUCUGUACUUGAGUGUCUAAGGCGGGUGACCCCACCUCAUGGUUGCCUGACUUUCGAGCGCUUCGUUGCAGGACUCCGGUACUCGAUGUUAAAUCCCGAAAACGGCACCAAAUCGUAUUGCUCAAAUAAUAAACACUCCUUUACAAACGGACCGAAACCACAACCUCAGCAAAUACACUCGGAUAAAACCGGCGGCAGUGCAACGGGUGUACGGCCGUAUGAGGGUCAUGUUCGGCCGCUCGGGCCAAGCAAUGGAGCUAAUCUGCAUCACAGCCAUGCGUCAUGUUUACAGAGCCGGUCACGGCACCACGAGGACACCAGUUCUGUAUACACUACCUCAUGUAAACACUCAACAAGCGACUCCUCGAAUUACGGUACCCUUGCGAGUACUGCCCAAAGAUACAGCGGCAGUGGAUAUGAAAGAACUGAGAGAAGUCUGGAACGCGCUCAAAUUAUUCCCGAGCGAGGUGCUUAUAGAUCAGAUUCCGUUCGUGUUGCAAAAAAGGCGUGUCAGCCGAAUAGGGUCCGGUCAAUCGAAUCACUUCCACUUGAGACUUUGCAUGUCCAACAGCCAAGUCCUCAAGGUGGGCGUGCUGGAUUCCCUCGCUCUCAGAGCGAGACCACCACAGGGUACGCAGGAUCCAGGCAGCACGGGAGGAGCCGGGAAGAGCAGCGUCGACACACCAUCACUAAUGGUGUGGACUAUGAAAUGCUUAAGCAGAUGAAGGAGCUUGAGCAAGAGAAGGACUCACUGCUUGCUGGCCUGGAUGUGGUGGAAAGGGCCAGAGAGUGGUACCAGAACCAAAUCCACAAUGUCACUGAGAGACAGAGGCUGGUUGGACAGACCAGCCACUGUUCCGAUUUUAUGACAGAAUCUGGUCACCUAAAUGUCCUCCUGCCCAAACUACAAGAAGUCAGUCGCUGCCUUAAUGAUCUCAUAUCCUGCUCUGGAAUGUCCUUCUGCUCUUCUGGCACCCAGGCCUCUUCCAUCUCCCUCAGUGGCCAGGUUGUCCAAGCCCCUCCGCAGGCCAUUCAGCGACUGAAGGACCAAAACCAUCUUCUCACACAGGAGGUGACUGAGAAGAGUGAGCGUAUUACCCAGCUAGAGCAGGAGAAGUGUGCUCUCAUUAAGCAGCUGUUUGAGGCACGAGCUCGUAAUGCUCAUGAUGGCAGUGCCCUUGACUCCACAUUUAUAUAAGAGGAACAAAUUCAACCACUGCCUGAGCCUGACCACACUAGACCAGAGACAAGCUCAGCCCCAGGACUACAGACACUCCAUAGCCACAAUACUUUAGACAGUGACCUGACCAUCACCACUCUUUUUACCAUGUGUUGAUGAGCUUCUGAUUGACUAGCUCACACUCCACCACUGUAUUCGUCCGAAAUGUGUUUGAGGAGGACACCUUAACAAACCAGAUUAUCUCCAUCUCCAUCUAGGCUUAGAUGUUAAGUAUCAACUGCUCUUUUUUAUUAUUAUAGUAUUUCUCAGCCUGAAUUAUAUAGUGUGGACUUUGGGCUUGAAGAAUUGAAUAGAUGAACUUCUGAGACCACCACAUUCCCAGCAACUUUCUCACAUUUGUUAUUGUUGUUGAGAUAAACAUCACAGACGUCCUUCGAUUUUCAACACAACGCAAGCCACUGUGUCACUUUGCCUCCUAAAUGAGAGUGCUGGAUGCAGACCCAAGUUCACGAGGCACUAGGACCAAUAUGUUUUUAAUGGAGCAGAAUAGCUUAUAUGUCCUAUAGCAUAUAUUAAAACAUACAUAAAAGUUUGGGAAACAUUUCUAGUGAACACUUAAAUACCAUUUCACUUAACGUACCAUUUCCAAUAAGUAGUGCAUUUUUUUUUACAAUAUCUCUGAAAUUUAACAUUCUGUGAGAUGAACUGAUUCAUGAUUGUAAGUUCCUGUGUUUGUACAAAGCAUGUAGUUCUGAAUCCUUUGUACAAACACAGGAACGUCCAUCAAGGUAUUAUCAACAUAAUUCCAAGGUUAGCUAUCCUGGUGUUUGCUUCUUCACACUGUAUUUUAAGGGAUCCCACAAAUCAAAAUGGACAUUUGAGUGAUAGUAGAUUUGUUAAUAGAACUGUUCAUUUUGGACUUGUGCCAGAGUACAGAGAACUUCAAUUAUAAAAAAAGUUUGAGUUG